AUUUCAGAAAAAAAAAAAAGAGACCACCCGCCUCUUCUCUGUAAUUAUAUCUCUCUUUCUCUCUCUCUCUCUAUCUAUCUCUUUCUUGUUUUUCUGUUUAUUACUCUUUCUGGCAUAGACUUUCUGAGGGAGAGUACUGACUUGUCUCCAAAAUGUGCGUCCGUAAAGCUGAUCCUUUCCACUGAAUCCUUACGGAGCUUCAUUUGGUAUCAGGCUCCUCAGGUUCUCCCUUGAGCUUUUCUUGAGCACCACCGUUGUAAAUUUUUUGACAUAUGGUGCAGAGCCGCAGAGAGGGAGAGAGAGAGGCUCUUGAGAGCUUUCUUGAACACGAAGUUGUUACUUUUAGAUGAAGUGCAUAUGAGAGAGAGAGAGAGAGAGAGAGAGAGAGAGAGAGAGAGAUUUUGGGAGGUCUCUCUUCCUUUCUCUUUCUGCAUGUGAAGCCUUUUAACAACAUGUAGAUUAAUGGUGCCCGGUGAAAUAGGUGAACUUCCUUUCAGUAUGCUGUGGUGAAUAACUUUCCGAGGGAAGCUUUAAAUGGGUGUCUGCUGAGUGAGCCAUGGGAAUCUUGGAUGGUUUUUGGUUCUGUAAUGGAUGAAGAGGUCAGUACUCUUGGGGCCGUUGAGUGUCAAUGAUCUGAACCGAAUAUGGUUUGCUCUGCGGAUGACUUGUCUCUAUGGAAGGAUUUCCCCAAGGGACUCAGGGUUCUACUUUUGGAAGAGGACGAUCACUCUGCUGCUGAGAUCAGGUCUAAGCUAGAGGGAAUGGAUUAUAUUGUCUCAGCAUUCCAGAACAUCAGUGAAGCUUUAGCGGCAGUAUCUAGCGAUGUUGGCAGCUUCCAUGUUGCUAUUGUUGAGGUGAACAACGCUAAUAGCCAAGGAUGUUUCAAAUUCCUUGAGACAGUUCGGGGCCUGCCUACUAUAAUGAUUUCAGAUAUAGAUUGCCUGAGCACGAUGAUGAGAUGUAUAGCACUCGGUGCAGCAGAGUUCCUUCAAAAGCCAUUGUCUGAAGACAAACUUAAAAAUAUAUGGCAGCAUGUGGUUCACAAGGCGUUUAACACAGGGGCAAGUUCCCUUUCAGCAUCUCUAAAACCAGUCAAGGAAGCAACAGCAUCUAUUCUGCAGUUUCAACAGGGGGCAACGGAAUCCAAUAACUCUGACCAACCAGUACAAGAGAAAUGCCUGCCAUCUUCAGAGGCAUUACUAACAGACCAGGAACUUCAUAUUGACCCUUCGAUAACAACCGAACACUCUCAAUCGCCUUCAACUCAGUUAGAUCAAGAAAGAUUUCAAGCACCUUCAACUCAGUUAGAGCAAGAAGGAUUUGAAGCACCUUCAACUGAGUCGGAUCAAGAAGGAUUUCAAGUUCCUUCUACUCAGAUAGAUCAAGGAGGAUGUGUCCUUGAUGACUAUGAAAUAAGUGACGGAUGUCAGUGGUUAGUAGAUGAGAAAGCGAAUGAUGGAAUAUCAACUGAACUGAAGAACUGCACUUUCUCUGAUUCUAAAUCUGUCGAAAUUACUUGCAAGAGUUCAGUAUGUGAACUUGCUUCUUGCAUGGAAAAUUCACCUCCAAGAUUGGAUUCCACUGAGAAUGAUGAGGAAGUAAAUUCAGCUGGCGAGUGUAUGGUUGAUAAAGCAAAUGAUAUCAUGCAUGCUGUUGAUAAUUCACAAGGUGUAGAGAUCCUGGAGCAAAAAAUUGAAAAAGCCAACAUGAAAAACGGAACUCCUCCCAUUACCUCUAGUAUGAAGGCCUCGAAGAAAAAAACAAAGGUUGAUUGGACGCCAGAGUUACACAGGCGCUUCGUUCAGGCUGUUGAGCAAUUGGGAAUCGAGCAGGCCAUACCUUCCAGGAUACUUGAAUUGAUGAAAGUGGAAGGACUAACCAGACAUAAUGUAGCUAGCCAUCUCCAGAAAUACAGGUUGCAUAGGAGACAUACCAUCCAUAAGGUAGAUGAUGCUGCAACCAGAAGGAACUGGCAGCAGCACAGAGAGGCAAUGCAGAGAUAUUUGUACACUAACAGGCCAAUCAUGGCCUUUCCUCCAAUGCAUGCCAACUGCGGAGUGCCGAGUCCUUAUUACCCUGUCUGGGGCCAUCCCCCUGCUCAGCCAUGGGCUCACACUGGCUUCCCACCAAUGUACCCACCAGAAAGUUGGCCAUGGACGAGGCACGCUGAUGCAUGGGGUUGCCCUGUUGUUCCCGUCCAAAGUCCAUGCUCCUUCUUCCCUCAAAAUCCAUCACCUGUACACCAAGAGGAACAUAAUCAAGAGUCAUGGAAGGACUUUGUAGAUAAUUACCCGACGGAUGAAGUAAUAGACAAAGCGGUGAAGGAAGCGAUCAGCAAGCCAUGGCUGCCGCUGCCCCUCGGCCUCAAGCCGCCCUCCGUUGAGAGCGUCCUCUCCGAGCUUCACAGGCACGGCAUCAGACGCAUCCCGCCCUCCAAUCCCACCUAGCCACCUCCCAUCGUACGGCUCCCACCCAGGUGGGACCCUCAAAGUUUUGGGGGCCCCACUGUUUUGUAUAUCAGAUUUUAGUACUCUUUCGGGUCCCACCCGAUCCGGCUCUCUCUCUUUUAUUUUAUUUUAUUUUAUUUUUUUUGGUUGGUCUUACUGGUUUGGAAGAGAAAUAAUAAUAAGAAAUCAGGAAGAAGGGGUUGUCAUGAGCUUAUUAAGCA